AUGUCGCGCGCAUCCAUCAUGAAUAUUGGAGAACAUGAGUACCCCUUCCUAGAGGAAGUCUUUACACCUGCUGAGCAACCCAAGAUCGACUUUGUGUUCGUCCACGGCCUCAACCCACGUGGGAGAAAUGACCAUCCGUUCGAGACCUGGACCCAUCAAAAUGGCACCUUCUGGCCCAGAGAUCUCCUUCCCCAUGACAUUCCCCAGGCGCGCAUCUUCAUCUAUGGAUAUAAUUCCAACAUUACGAACCCGCAGACUAUGUCGACUGCGGGUGUCAGAGAUCAUGCUAAUACUCUAUUGAACUUGUUGGAUAUGGGCGAAGUCCGCAGUUGGUAUCUAUCAUCUCUGUUCUCUUCGAACGUCCGACUCCCCAAGAUCAUCUUCAUCGGCCAUAGUCUAGGCGGAUUGGUGAUUAAACAGGCCCUGCUCAACGCCCAAGAAGACCCUAAGUAUACCGCCAUCCGAACUGGAACCUCCGGCCUCGUCUUCUUCGGCUGUCCGCAUCACGGCACCAAAGGCGUCGAACUGGGCAAGAUCGCAGCCAAAGUUGCCCGGUUCAUGAGCGUGCGUUUCUCGCACCAGCUGGAGGAUUAUAAAGUUGUCAGCUUCAUCGAGGGAAAGGAGGUGUUGCUUGGUGGUUCGGGGCCAGCGUCCAUCAGUCACCUAGUCGUCGACGAAGAAUCUGCCGUCCUGGGCCUCCCCGGUCAGCGUGAGACCCGCCUCAAACUCGACGCAGAUCACUCGCAGAUGUGCAAGGUUGGCUCCCGCGGAUCGAUGUACAAGCUCAUCAAAGGAAACAUCAAACAGAUCGCAGAUUCACGCGUAUUCGACCGACGACAUCCUCUCGCCAUGAAAGCCGAGAGUCUCAUGGGUGAAAUUCUCUGCCACAAGGGCAAAUACCAGGAAGGCGAGUCGACGAUCUCGAUACGCUGGAAACCCGCCGAAGACUCGCCGAGGCGUAUGGCUGUCUCGGUCGUCGCGAGGAAGGCGUCGCUGCGGCUGAAACGUGCCGCACGGCUGCAGCAUCUCCUGGGUGAGAACCACAUCCAGGCACUGGCUGCAGUGCUCUGUACCGCUGAGCUCGUCGUCUCGAACCAUACCCAGACCGAGGUGGAGAGAGCCGCCGCAAGAUUUAACCCGCAGACACAGACAGCCGUUGAUGAAAUCUCCAAGGUCUCCCGCGAAUUGCACAAUCUUCUCGGUCCCCGACACCCACUCACCAUCUGGGGGCUACGCAUCCUCGGCGCCAGUCAGAUGCAGGCCAGCGCCAGCAUCACCGAGCCCUCGGAGACGCUGCGACGCGCGCUCGCCAGCGCAGAGGAGUAUCUGGGUGCGGACCACCCCGGAGACUAUGAACAUCGUGGCGCACAUGGGCAUGAUUGCCUUGGCUCCAACGGUAUCUGA